AUGUACUGGCUUGAUGGUAGGGAUAUGAUUCUGCCUUGGGGCGGUGAGGAAUACUGGGAGACACCUGAAUGCAAUGAGGUGAUAGAGAAGGCUCACAACGCGAUAGGAGUCCUUGCUGACAAUCUCAAGGCUGCGGUGAUCGCACGCAGUGUUGAGGUUCCGACCUCGGUGUUGACUCCUGCUAUCCUCAAGCUGUCAGGAAUUAGGCAGUAUAGAGCUGUAAUUUCGACAGGGGAGGAGAAGAGUGAAAACCUGUUUCACCCUUCCCUGCAAUUUAUAUACAUUGUUUACAUCGAGAAAUAA